AUGCGCGAACUCUCUGAAAACGUAAAUGUAAAAAUUGGUCAACAACCUUCUGAGAAUAGUACCAAUUUACUUACAACAUCAGAAUCAUUAUUAUUAGCAUUGGCAAGUAAAGCUACAAAUAAAGCUUCUAUAUUAAGUCUAGAAAAUAUUAAUUCAUCUAAUAAUGUUGAAAAUAAUAUUAAGAAAAGGAGACGUAAUAUUGGUAAUAUGGAUAAUACACUUGAUGGUUUAGUUGCUAGAAGAGCUGAAACUGAUCCUAAUGCCAAAUUAUAUCAAACAGAAAAUGAAGUCAUUGAAAUGCCAGAUGAUGAUGAAGAAUUAAAGAGAAUUGAAACUGAUGUGGAUGUUGGGAAUCGUUCAUGUAGUGUAUGCGGAUACAAAGGUAAAUGGGUUUCUGAAAUGAUACGACAUAAAAGAGUACAUACAAAUUCCAGGCCAUUUAAAUGUAAACUUUGUUCCAGAACCUCACGAUGGAAGGCAGAUCUAAUACGUCAUGUAGCAAAAGCCCAUGGAAUUCGUGUAAUUUCAAAAUAUUCACGAUCAAAGGCAUUUGAAAUAACACGACAUAGUAAAGAUGACUUAAAUAUUUCACAAAAUUCAUCAUCAUCAUCAUGUGGAUCACCAAUUCCUUCUAAAGAAAAUAAUUUAUGUAGUCCAAAGAUAAAAAGAAUAAAACAACAAAAAUCUUCUUCAUUUAAUACAGAAGGUAUAAUUAAAAAUAUUGCAAAUAUCAAUUCAUCAAAUAGUUUUAAAUGUUUAAUUUGUCGAUAUGAACAAGAGUCUAUCGAAAUGAUGAUUCAGCAUUUAGAUAAAAUACAUUCAACGUCUCCAUUUGAAUGUAUUAAUUGUAAACAAAAUUUUAAAGAAAUUCAAGAAACAGCAGCUCAUUGUUCAUUAUCAAAGAGCAAUUGUACACCAAUGUCAAUUAAAAUUAAUUUUUCAUCUAUUUGUAAUAAUACACUUUUUGAGUCUUCAUCUGCAAUAUCUGCUUAUCAACCAUCAACAAAUCAUUUCCUUCCAGAAUUGGUUGGACUUUCUUCACCUAAUUCACUUCAAUCAGAAUCAUUAUCACCAUCAUCAACAAUCUCCAGUGCCAGAUCUUAUGAAAUACUAUCUACUUCUAUUGGAAAUGAAUCUUCAUCAAAUUGUAAUGAUACCAUUUCAUGCAAUGAUUGUCCAUUUACUUGUAAUGGUCAUGAUAAACUUUUACAACAUAAAUUAGGCCAUCUUACACCAAAAGGUCCAUUUAAUUAUAAAUGUAUAUUUUGUAAUUGGUUUGCAAAAAAAAGAUCAACUGUAGAACAACAUAUGCUAUUACAUACACCAAAUCCUUCAGAAUUUAUGUCAGAAGUGGAAAAAAAUCUUAUAACACCAGCAACUAGUAAUGAUUUUUUUAAUUUAACUCCUCCUUUUGAACAAUCAUUUAAUCAUACGGGAAAUAUCUCAUAUGAUGCUAUUGCUCUAUCUCAACAAUUAACAUCUUUUCAAAAAACAUUAUCAAUUUCACCAUUAUUUGCAGCAAUUACAGCUGUGUCAAAUCAAGCAAGUCCUAAUCUUCCAACAACAUCUAAUAUAACUCCUCUCACUUUGCUAGAUUUACAAAAUUCAUUAACUAAAAAUCAAUCAAACCAAAGAAGUAAUAUUAAUUCAAUUUCUCAAAUGACAACAAUAACAAAUCCAUUUUUAGCAUUUAAUUUGUGCAAUAUGUUAUCAUCCAACAGAAUGUAA